AACGGGCUGGCGCUCACCCCCCCCAUGGGCUGGCUGGCCUGGGAGAGGUUCCGCUGCAACGUGGACUGCCGGGAGGACCCCCGCAACUGCAUCAGCGAGACCCUCUUCUUCGAGAUGGCAGACCGCCUGGCAGAGGACGGCUGGAGGGAGCUGGGCUACAAGUACAUCAAUAUUGACGACUGCUGGUCUGCCAAGCAGCGGGACGCGGCAGGACGGCUGGUUCCCGACCCCAAGAGGUUUCCCAGGGGGAUUAAGGCCCUGGCUGACUACGUCCACGCCCGGGGCCUGAAGCUGGGCAUUUAUGGUGACCUGGGCACCCUCACCUGCGGGGGCUACCCCGGCACCACGCUGGACCUCGUGGAGCAGGAUGCCCAGACCUUUGCGGAGUGGGGCGUGGACAUGCUGAAGCUGGAUGGGUGCUACUCAUCGGGAGAGGAGCAGGCGAAGGGCUACCCAGAAAUGGCGAGGGCCUUGAACGCCACAGGCCGCCCCAUCGUCUACUCCUGCAGCUGGCCAGCAUAUCAGGGGGGGCUUCCCCCCAAGGUGAACUACACUGUCCUGGCAGAGGUCUGCAACCUGUGGCGUAACUACGACGACAUCCAGGACUCCUGGGACAGCGUGCUUUCUAUCCUGGACUGGUUCUUUGCAAACCAGGACGUGCUGCAGCCAGCGGCUGGCCCCGGUCACUGGAAUGACCCGGACAUGCUCAUCAUCGGAAACUUUGGCCUUAGCUAUGAGCAGUCCCGCUCUCAAAUGGCCUUGUGGACGGUGAUGGCAGCUCCACUCCUCAUGUCCACGGAUCUCCGCACCAUCUCCCCGAGCGCCAAGGAGAUCCUGCAGAACCGCCUGAUGAUCCAGAUCAACCAGGACCCCCUGGGAAUCCAGGGGCGCAGGAUUGUCAAGGAGAAAUCCCACAUAGAGGUGUUCUUGCGCCCGCUGUCCCAGGCCGCCAGCGCCCUUGUCUUCUUCAGCCGGAGGACAGAUAUGCCCUUCCUCUACACCACCAGCCUGGCCAAGCUCCACUUCCCCGAGGACGCUGUGUAUGAGGUACAAGAUGUGUACAGCGGGAAGACCAUCAGCGGCUUAAAGACAGGAGACAACUUCUCGGUCGUUAUUAACCCCUCGGGGGUGGUGAUGUGGUACCUCUAUCCCACGGCGCUCCCGGCGCAGCAUUGGCACGUUGUCAGACAGCAAGCCCCCGGCGAGGGUUUCCACCCGGUCCUCCUGUGA